AUUUUGAAUGUAUAAAACAUCACUACAAUGAUAAAAGUGGAUAUAACGCAAAUAUCAUUAAACAAAUUAAACAUAUUGAGGAUAAUUUUGAGGUACGUCCUUAUAGGGAUAUCAUUGAACCUGUACUGUUCUACAUGUCAAGUGUACGAGUACAGGAAAUGUUACAUUGUCUAUUAUACUGUUCUACGCAAACGUACGAACGUACGUGUACAGCAACUGUACUGUUCUACGCAAGCGUACGUGUAUGGUAUUGUACUGUUCUACGCAAGUGUACGAGUAUGAGAAAUGAAUGUUCCAUUCUUGUCAACGAAUAUUGUUAUGGAAAUGUUUUAUCUGAUUCCGGAGGAGGAAUCGUCGAAUUACAUUCACCGGAAAUAAAUAUUUUCUGGUCUCCAGAGGCAUUUAAGGAUCAAGAAACUAGCUCCUUUUCCGCUAAUAAUGAUCAAUCUUCCCCUAAUGAUCAAUAUGAUGACGGUGAAGAUGUUGAAAAUGGUGCAGUUGAACUAAAUGACUUAGAGUCUGAGAGAGUAACAAUUAUUUCAAAUUCACCUUUACAAGGCAUGCCAAGUAAAAUCAAUUUUACAGAAAUACGCCACAAGAUUGAUGAAUAUCGAAACACUAUCCCGCAAUCAAAACAAUUAUAUAAUCCGUUAUGGUAUUAUAUUAUUGAUCAUUCUGGACAGCAUACUCCAACAAACAAACUAUUUGAUAUGAAUGCUCUAAAUGAAAGCAUUCGCGAUAAGGUUUCAUUUAAAACAAAAAAGACGUGUGAUGAAGUUGGAAAUUUAUUGGACAAGUUAUAUGAUGAACCAAAUAUUGGAAUUAUGACCACUUCAAAUGAUUAUGAAAAUGAUUUGAAAGAACUCUUCAUACGU